AUGAUUUGGAAUAGAGGAGAAACCAUUGGGAGAGGAGGGUUUGGCCUCGUGUCGAUAGCUAACGUACAACAACAGAGUUGCGAUCAAUUUCCACACGUUAUCGCUGUCAAAACUGCAAAAGUUUCUGCAUCGGAUUCGCUCGUUAAAGAGAAGAAGUUACUUGAUGUAUUCAAUGGCUGUCCCUCUAUCCUUCAUUGUUUUGGGGAGGAUGUUACCACGGAAGAAGGCGAGGAACUAUACAACAUAAUGCUCGAAUAUGCGGCCGGAGGAUGUCUAGCAGAUCGGACUAUUGGUAAAGGCUUGCCGGAGAACAUUGUGAGACAGUACACAAAAUCCAUGCUCAUUGCCUUGAGCCAUGUUCAUAAGCUUGGAUAUGUUCAUUGUGAUAUAAAGCCACACAAUGUAUUACUCGUAGUUGAUUCUUUACGUUCAAGAAAGAAGGGGGUCGGAGAAAUCGCUAAGUUGGCAGACUUUGGGAGUGCAAAGAAGAUCAAAGAUGACGAAGAUAACAAGGAAUUCAGGGGUACUGUUUUAGACGCGGCGCCAGAGUCCAUUAUCCAUCAAGAAUAUCAGCCGGAGUCGGAUAUUUGGGCAUUAGGGUGCACCGUGUUGCAUAUGAUUACAGGAAAAUCACCGUGGAAAGUCAAGAAAGAAGACAAGGCAGAGGACGUUUUAUUCAAGAUUGGUUGCAGUGAAGAAUUGCCCAAGAUUCCGAGGUUCCGAAGGUUUCUUCGGUUCCUAAUUCUGAAAAAAUGCUUGAUCAAGAAUCCCAAGGCGAGAUGGACGGCUGAUAUGCUAUUAUCUCACCCUUUUGUACGUGACUUCCAUCAACAACAUUCGCAUCACUUUUCCAAGUUAUUUCGCGGCUGUUUGUCAAUGCAUCAUUUACACAACCGUGUCCAUGUAAAUUGA